UUCAGUGUUCCGCCGCUAACUCUGGUGUAGACGGUCAGACAGUUUCUCUGUGACUCCAGCAAACAUUUGCAAACGAGAAGACAUUUCCAGCGGAACUGAAGACAAAAGGACACUGUCCACGUCUGAGAGGAGACGCUGAGCGAACAGGUAUGGGCGCUGUUUCCAGCAGGUGUGAUGGUGGCACUGAGGGGGCGGGGUCACAGUACAGUGGGAGUGGUCAAGACAGUGACAGCAGGCCUAUAGUGGAGGAUAGCAGGAGACCGAGUUCUGGAGAGACGGUGCACUGUCCCACCUGCCAGGGUACUGGACGCAUACCCAGAGGUCAGGAGAGCAAGCUGGUGGCUGUCAUCCCCUGCACUGACCAGAGGCUGAGACCCAGACACACGUAA